AUGUCUUUCCAUCUCUCCGCCGAAGAUAUCCGCAUCGAAGACAACCACAUCCUCAAAGCCCGUCUCAGAAACGAGAACGGUGACUGGGAAGAUGCUGAGAUUGAUCUCAACCAACACAUCGGAAACCAAGAUGGCAUGAUUCACUGGGAUGGCGUUAACUUCUCCCACAGCGCCGAGAACGUCACAUUCUCCAUUGAGGGUGGUGGACAAGUACCAGUUCUCCGCACUUUCCUUCGCAGCAUGGACGGCGAAGAGUUCAGCCGUGAUGUCAACCUUGCUGAGCGUAUUGAGAACCACAACGGACAAUUCGUUUAUAUGAAUUAAAUAUUUAUGAUCAUUUUAAAUGUUAUAUGCUUUAGCUAGUGCAGUCUAAAGAAUGAGAAUAUCCUUUCAAGCGUUACAAAUAUUCGAUUUGGUGCAUUGCAACAUUGCCUGCAUGAUUGAAAGUCCUUUCCUAUGUCUUCGUGUAUCGAUGAAUCUUGGCUCGUUC